AUGAUCCAGAACAUUGGGUUGGUGGGGUCGGAACUGUUGGUCGAUUUCGAUGUAGACAAACAUUUCAGGCAAGAAGGCGGUAAGCGCCUUGCUGGAGAUAUUGGAGCGAGAAGAGGACAUCCUGGGGGCAGAACGGAUACGGAAAGAAUCGUUAAUACGACUGAUCAACCUGACAUGACGGGAUCUCCACUCGCACCUGUUUUGGCAAAUAUGUACAUAUACAAGUUGGAAAGGGAAUUCGAGAAGUCACCACUGCAACCAAGAGCGCUCAUGCGAUAUUUGGAUGACUACUUUGCACUAAAUGAAUUCCUCAAUUUCAUUAACCAACUUGAUGAAAGAAUUAAGUUCACAAUGGAGUUGGAGCAGGAUGAACGAAUACCUUUUCUGGAUAUGGAUGUCAUGCGUUCCAACGGGACACUCAUAAGGAGACUAUACAGAAAGAAUUCAUAA